AAACAAGUAAAGUCACCAAAAACUAUUUUGAAUAAUUAGUAAGCAUUGAGAGAAUAUAUAUAGUUUUAGGCAUAUUUUUUUAAUCGUUAAAACGAAAGUAUGUCCUGGAGUUUCCACUAUGGUCGUCGCAAAGUAAUACUUUUAGCUGUGCUUUUGCUGCUAUUAGUUUUUAUUUAUGCUAGUCGCAAAACUAUUCAAUUUGAAGUAUACACAAAAAAUAUCGUUACAAGUCCAGUAACACAAUCAACUAAACUGAAAGCCACUUCGUUAAGCGUCCCGAAUGUCACAGAGUUAGCAGAAGUGACAGAGGAACCAGGUCCAGCAGGAAAAUUCUAUGUAUUUUCAUCAAAGUGUAAAAUACCCUAUGUUGAUCCAUUUACAAAUGAAAGCAUUGAUGAACCGAUACCAUUACGCUCUUGUACCAAUGAACCGGAUUUGUUCAAUGUGCAUUUUGAUACCCAGUCGAAGCGUUAUGUAAUACAUGUGGAUACGCAGGUAGCUUUGACAAUGUAUUCCAACUAUUCGGAUUAUAGUUGUACCUAUCAAGAGAUUAAGCGUGGAGCAAAUGAUUCUUAUAGUGUAUUGCGAGCUAAAAACUAUCUUAAACAAGAUUGGAUGGUGCCGCAACACUUUCUGGGUGUUUUACUAGAGUGCCGGGAGUACUCGAAUUCUUUAAGAGUUUUACAGAGAGAUGCCUUUGCCUUUGUUCAAUAUCCAAGCUAUCGGAAUGAUAGAAAUGAUGCAGAAAGAAGUUUAACUCAUCCCAGUGUCCUGUUGUUUGGCAUUGACAGUAUGUCACGAAUAAAUUUUCAACGCACUAUGCCAAAGUCAGCGGAAUUUGUCACUCAGCCAGGCUGGUACGAGAUGCAAGGCUAUAACAAGGUGGGUGACAAUACAUUGCCCAAUCUCUUGGCCAUACUGACAGGUCGCACUCCACGACAAUGGAGGGUUACCUGUGAUGUUCGAAAACCAGGAUGUUUUGAUUAUAUCGACUAUUGGUGGAAUCAUUUUAGUGAUGCGGGCUAUUUGACUGCCUAUGCAGAGGAUCUAGCGUCGAUUUCCACAUUUAACUAUCUUAAAUAUGGCUUUCAGAGACAACCAGUUAACUAUUAUCUGCGCCCAUUUUUAGUCGUUAUUGAAAAUGCUAUGCAGACAAUUACGUACUAUCAUUCGGCGUAUUGUGUUGGCCGUCGUUAUAGUUUUAGCUAUGUUUUUGACUUUGCUCAUCAGUUGAUUCAACGUUUUAUUCGCGAGACACCCAAACCAAUCUUUGGUCUUUUCUGGACUUCUUCAUUUACCCAUGAAGACUACCGCGGUGGCUAUAACUUGGAUUCCCAUUUUGUUGACUAUCUUACACGGUUUCAGGAACAGGGCCUUUUCGACAAGGCCAUUGUUAUACUAUUGAGCGAUCAUGGUCGUCGCUUUGGCCCACUGACAGAGCUGCCUUCUGGCUAUAUAGAAGAACGAUCGCCCAUGUUGCAUAUUUAUCUGCCAGAAUGGUAUCGAAAAAAGUAUCCAAGCAUUGCUAAUGCGCUGCAACAAAAUCGACAACGUCUAUGCUCCAAUUUCGAUCUAUAUUUGGGCAUUCGACAAGUGCUCGAACAAGUACGUCCUCGUGCCCAUUAUUACUUUCCAGCGCAGUGUCCUCAGUGCCGCUCGAUUUUCAGAAGGCUACCAAAGAGUCGUAGUUGCCAAGAUGCUGGCAUACCGGAACACUAUUGCACUUGUGAUCCUUUUAUAGCGAUUCCUCCUCGAGGUUUUUUAGUCUAUCUCACUCGUCUGUUGGUCAAUCGUAUGAACAAACAUCUGCAACGCAUGGGUCAUGAGAAUGAUUGUUAUCACCUUUGGCUCAAAGGAAUACAUCGAAUCGAACAGAAACAGUAUUUCAAUAAAUCUGGUCAUCAAAUUCCUUCACCCAUGGGGUAUAAUACUUAUCGAGUAAAGUUUUCUACUAAACCAAAUUCGGGCUUAUUUCGUGCAACUUUUAUGUGCAAUAAUGACAUCGAAAUAGUGAAUAUGCGAGUGGAUAGGAUAACCCGUCUUAAUACCUAUCGCGACGAAUCCUAUUGUGUAGAAGAAGCUCAAUCAAGAAAGUUUUGCCUAUGCCUCAAGACCAAAAACCAAUUUCUUGAUUCAAAUGAAUUGGGAAAUAAUAAGAGUAAUAUAGCAAAAAAGAAACCAUUUAAAACUAAAGACACUCUGUUAACAGACGAUGCUGAUUAUGAUGAACUCAUCGAUUAAAAUGGAGUAUUUAAAUUUUAAAAUGUUCUUUGAU